AACAAUUUAUCGACAUCCAAAACAACUUUUCUCCAUCCAACCCCACGAGCUCCCAUAUGAGCCCACAAAAGAGAGAGAGGUCGUCUUCAUUAUCGUCGGUGUCGUCCACGCCCUCCGCCCCCGCCCCCGCCACCGUGACAACUAGGAAGAGAGUCAAGCUCGAGACGAGAGAAUGUCCUAUCUGCAAAGAGCACAUACCUUUACGACUCCUCGCUAAACACUCGGAUCUCGAGUCCCAACGCGUCGAGAAGAUUGUUCAGAACGUCGGCUCAACGGAUAUCCUAGCUGCUGAAUUUGAGGAAGGGUCCAGUACAUCAUUUUCACGUAGAAAGUCUGCCGUUCGUGCUCAGAAGUCCUUUAAAUCCAAAGACGCCGCCAACACUCAAACUACCAAGAUGCUGCAGAAGAUUAAACGGAACCGAAAAAGGAGGCAUGCUGGGCUGAAGGAAAUGACGAGGGAGGAUGAGGAAGGUUACUUGCAUGCUCCCCGCCGGAGAACGCAGUUUUGCGGAGAGAUUGUGUGUCCCGUUUGUCUGACGACGGUAACGGGAGAUGACGACGUGUUGGACGCACAUGUAGAUGCAUGUUUGGCAGGUGAGGCCAGACGGAUGGAUGAAGAGAGGGUGCAGAGGGAGACGCUCCGGAGAGAAGAGGAAGAAGAGGAGUGGGAAGACGAUGGGCCAGUUGUUGGGGACGUUAGAGGUACUGGCUUCCAUACGCGCAAUAGGAAUGAGCAGGAUAUAGAGGAAGAAAUCGACAUUGAUGGCGACGACGAAGCAUUCGGGUGUCCUCAAUUUACAGAGGGCGAUAUCCUGGGUCCAGCACCAGCGCCCGAAGCUGAGGUCGAUGUAGACAUUGAGAAUGAAGGAGGGGACGACGCUGCGAUGACAUUGCGGGAUUUGGUGGCUGAGGGUAAGGUCACGAAGGGGAAGGAGAAGACUUACGAGGGUCUGGAUGUCGUGAAAGCCAAGAUGGACGAGGUCAUGGGUGUUGGCGACGCCGAUAGGAUGGACCGCGCUGUUUUGACAGCCAGGAAAUCGGGUAACCGUCCAGCGUUGAUCAAGGCAUUGGAGGAGAAGGUUAAAUAUCUGGAGGCGACUAGAGUUUCUUCGUCGACAUCGCUUCUGUGCCGUAUUUGCCUAGAUCCGUACAACGAACCUACGGUGUCGACGGGAUGCUGGCACACCUGUUGUCGUGAAUGCUGGCUUCGGUGUUUAGGAUCUACUAAGCUUUGUCCUAUUUGCAAGCGGAUUACUGGUGCUACAGACCUGCGGCGAGUGUAUCUCUAGUACUUAUUGUUGUUGUUGUAUGUAUAAUAUAGUCGAUAUAUUUUGGUUUUUCAUGACGGCUCUGCCUAUCUUUGAAGUCAUG